AUGGAGCAAGAAGUCCUUGAGGAUAUUGCAUCUAGACUGAGUGAAAGGUACGGAAAGGAGGCACCCCUCAAAAUCCAAAGAGGUCACGUGCACAAAUACCUUGGGGUCACGAUCGCUUUCAGCAAAAAAGGAAAGGUAAAGUUUUCCAUGGAUGAUUACAUCAACAGAUUACUCGAAGAAGCACCAGAGGAUAUGAAAGGACUGGCUACUUCACCGGCAGCCAAUCAUCUGUUCCAAGUCAAGGAUGAGCCGGUAUUGUUGGACAGCAAGAGGGCCGAACUAUUCCACCACAUCAUGGCAAAACUUUUAUACCUAUGUGUUGGCUAA